CAGCCUGCCUGGCUCUUUCCUUCCUUCCUUCCCGCCCUCGUCGCUCCGCAUUGCGCGGCCAGAUCGCGACCCAGGCGCAGCUCCUGCAGCAGGGCGGGCGGGCGGGCAGGCGGGCACCACUCACUCACCGCGGGCUGCUUCCUUCCUUCCUUCCUUCUUUUCUUCCUCGCUCCUUCCUCCUUCCCUCCCUCCUUCUUUGGGGAAGAUGCCGAUGUUCGUGCUGAACACCAACGUGGCCGCGGAAGCCAUCCCGGAAAGCCUGACCUCCGAGAUCACGGAGCAGCUGGCCAAGGCCACCGGGAAGCCCGCCCAGUACAUCGCGGUGCACGUCCUUCCCGGGCAGCGGAUGUCCUUUGGGGGCUCCUCGGCGGAGCCGUGUGCCCUGUGCAGCCUCCACAGCAUCGGGAAGAUCGGGGCCGCCCAGAACAAGGCCUACUCCAAGCUCCUCUGCAGCCUCCUCCAGGACAAGCUCCACGUCCCUCCCGACAGGGUCUACAUCAACUAUUAUGACAUGAAUGCUGCCAACGUGGGAUGGAAUGGAUCCACUUUUGCGUAACCAGAAUGGAAGGCCUUCUAUCGCCUUCCUCUUCCAGACUCCGAAUUCGAGUCUUGCACCAAUGAACGGCUUCCUCCUCUUCCUUUGUCAUCUUUUAGUGAAAUAAAAAGCGUAGAAAGAACCACAUUAA